AUGAACAUUCAGCUCGUUCUCCUGCUGGCUCUCGCCGCCGUUGCUGCGUCGGAUUCUCAGCCUUCGUCUUUCUAUGGAGUACCUCAAGCUAGAGCUCAAGUAUCAGAUGAUUCUUCCGAAACGUCAUCAGAGAGUCGCCACAUCUAUCGUAGUCAUGAUAGAUCUGAUGAAGAUUCUGCUGAAUAUGGACCUGCAAAGUACGACUUCGACUGGGCCGUGAACCACGACUACUCAGGCAACCACUUCGGCCACCAGGAGUCCCGCGACGGAGCCUAUACCCAAGGCUCGUACUACGUGCAGCUUCCCGACACUCGCUUGCAGACUGUCAAGUACUACGUGGACGGCGACUCUGGCUACGUGGCCGAGGUGGAGUACGAGGGCGAGGCUCAGCAUCCUGAGUCCGAGGAGUAUCGAGUGUCUCGAGGACGAUACUCAGCCCAAGACUCAGGCGAGGACUCGUCCGAAUCGCUCGUUCUCCUGCUGGCUCUCGCCGCCGUUGCUGCGUCGGAUUCUCAGCCUUCGUCUUUCUAUGGAGUACCUCAAGCUAGAGCUCAAGUAUCAGAUGAUUCUUCCGAAACGUCAUCAGAGAGUCGCCACAUCUAUCGUAGUCAUGAUAGAUCUGAUGAAGAUUCUGCUGAAUAUGGACCUGCAAAGUACGACUUCGACUGGGCCGUGAACCACGACUACUCAGGCAACCACUUCGGCCACCAGGAGUCCCGCGACGGAGACUACACCCAAGGCUCGUACUACGUGCAGCUUCCCGACACUCGCUUGCAGACUGUCAAGUACUACGUGGACGGCGACUCUGGCUACGUGGCCGAAGGUGGAGUACGAGGGCGAGGCUCAGCAUCCUGA